GCCAUCCACUGCCAUCUUCUUCUGUUCCACAGCAGUGCUCCUUUUGAUCUCACUUCUACACGCCCUUGAUGAUGACGGGGAAGUAUGAGGCGUCGCUCCUGGUCGUCCCGCAAUGUUUCUCCCCUAACAGAGCCACGGCACCUCGAAAGGUUUAGAGUGAAGAAAACCCCGUCUGUUGACCGGCCGAGUAAUUUGUCGACAGGUGACUGCCACACUGCCUCGAACAGACUGCCGCCCAUGGAGGACACAAGACUGUGGGCCGAGUGGAGGAUCGGCAUGGAGUUUAGUUGCUCUCGCGUCCGUGACCCUGUCCUAGUGAUCCCCCACGAGCAAAUCAGCGGCAUUUCUCCCGCGGACUCGGCUCGAGGAGAGGGGCGCGAGGGGCCCGUCUCUCGGAGCAAGGGUUGCCUAUCGUGGUUUUUCUCUCACAACCGGUGGGUGGCCCUGCUAGUAUGGCCUCGUUCGCCAAACAACAAGCCCGAAAAACGCCGCGUCGAGAUGGCGCUCCUGUGUGGCGUCCAAACAGAAGCUGAGGCUCCCCAACCCCUCUUUUGCGGCCACAUGUCCGCUUGGCUAGAAUGGGAAAGCUUCGAGCCCGGGCCAGGAGGAGAAGGAGCGGGAAACGAAAAUCCUGCCGCGUCUACCAGCCAAGGCUUCGUGGCCUGUGCACCAUCUUCCGGUUUGCUCGCAACUCGAGUGGAUGCCGUUUCUCAGAUGGGUCCUCCCACCAUGACGAACACCCCCAUCCCCAUGUGCUGGAAUCUGAGACAUACAGAAACGAAAAAAUGGGAAGAUGCAGUGUACGCCUUCUGCAAUUGCGGUUGGCUCGGAUGGAGACGCAAGGCCGAUCCGGUGUCUCUGAACUGAGCGCUUCUUGGAACCGACAUGCACCUUCUAUGCAGCCGAAGGACUCCAUUGGGACGUUUGAGUGCGGGCAGACACAGGCAGAGAAUAGAAAAAGAGACAGGGCAACCAUGGAUGCUGUCAAAAGCCAAAAUGCAUGGCAAGCGUGGAAAAGUGGCUGUGAGAAAAAUCGAUAGGUACACCCGGUGACAAAGCACUGACGGCGUACCUGCACAGAAAGGAAAGCGCGCCAACACCGAAAGUACCCGAAGAGGUAGGCCAAGUGGAC